AUGGUGGAAGAAGCCGUUUUCGAUCGUGUAAUUGUUGAAAUAUUUUAUAUGGCCGAUUCGAGUAUAAUGCGAACAGCGGCUCGUCUGUUCGUAUCAGUGCUGUUCAGUGCAAAACGACUCGCGAAGGAUUCAAAUCUCUUACGUGGUGCAUCGCGACGAGCUGAACUCUUCUCAUCGACGUUUAAAAAAGAAUUCAAAAAGUCAUUAACUGACAAAAAAUAG